UUCAAUUGUAUUUCUCUUCUUUUAAUUGGUGUUAUGAUGCAGUUACAGAGGUUCUUUAAUAGUAAAAGUUACUAAUUUGAUGUUCAAAAUCUUGUGAAACAGCUUCUUUAUGCUUAUUUUUUAGAGUUGGCAUUACCCAAAAUUCUGGAAAAUAUUUUUCUCCUUAUUGUUAGCUAUGAAUGGUUGAUAAGCUUAGAAGAAGAAGAAGCAAGCAGAAUAGGGUGUGUUUGGUAUGAAGGAAAAUGUUUUCCAUGAAAUGUUUUCUUGGAAAAUAAGUGUCUAGUGUUUGGUUCUUGGUGUGUUUAUAAUGCCUCGUAAGGGAAGAAAGCGUAGUCAAAGUCUAAUUCCUGAUGUCCUUAGCAACCUUCCUGAGAAUGUAAUCGAUGUCAUUCUGGUACUUUUGCCUUGUAAAGAUGCUGUGAGGACAAGCGUCUUAUCAAAGAAAUGGAGGUAUCACUGGUGCAGACUUACAGAGUUGACGCUUGAUGCAUCUCUUUGGAAAACAACAAAGGAUUUACUAAAUCCUACAGUUAAAUUUACAAAGAUUAUCUACCAACUUUUGUCCCUUCAUGAAGGACCCAUUACUAAGUUUACCCUAAACAUGGCUUUUCUAGAAAAAAGUGGUCCUAUGAUUGACAACUUCAUAUAUUUCCUCUCUAGAAAUGGGAUUCAGCAUCUUGUUAUUUUUUUUCCAUGGUAUCAUCUAUACAAAUUGCCUUCUUCACUUUUCUCUUGUUCGGAGCUGAGGCAUCUAAAUCUUCAUAAUUGCUCAAUACAUCAUCCAUCGGCCUUUCAAGGAUUUGAUAAGUUAGUUAGCCUAGUGUUAUGUAGAGUCACAAUUUCUUCUGAAUUGCUGGAAAGUUUAAUAUCCCAUUGCCCGUUGCUUGGGCGGUUGGUGCUGAAUACCCCAGAAGUUUUAGACACAAUUGAAAUUAAUGCUCCCGUGCUGAGAUCGUUCAAUUUCACUGGCAAUAUAAGUUCUAUCUGUCUAAAGAAUGUCCCUCUCCUGGUAAAAGUAUCUCUGGAAAGUGACGAUAUCAGGGCAGAGGAUCUUGAUUUCGCAAAGGUUUUUGAGUCUUGUUCUGCUCUCGAGCACCUCAGCUUGAACUUCUUUAAUAGCCAGAUCUUUGCUGCAGAAGGAUAUGAGGCACCAACAAGGCUUCCGUUUGAUCUUAGUGUCAAGCGAUUUUACCUGCCUGAUAUUUAUCUGGUGGACUCAUAUAAGCUCUCAUAUGCUCUUUGCUUGAUAAGAAGCUCUCCAUAUUUAGAAUAUCUCGAAUUACAGGUUUACAGUGAAGCUGAAGAUGAUGAUGGUAUGCUAGAACCCCUUGAAGUCGAACGUUUCUCAGACGUGACAUUUAAUCACCUCACGGAAGUUAAGCUAGAUUUCUUUGGAGGAAAAAUGUCUGAGAUGCGGCUUAUCAAGCUUUUCUUAGCCAAGUCCCCAAUGUUGGUGAGAAUGCUAAUUGAUACAUGUUAUCUAGAUGGUGAACCUCUUGAGACAAGAUUAAAAAUAUUCGCUGAGGUAUCAAAAUUUGUGCGUGCAUCACCUGAAGCAGAAGUGAUCUACGAUAAAUUCAAGUACCACAUCACAUAUAUUUAAUCAGAUCAUGACCUUUGGCUGAAAUGUUUUGCAAGUUAUAAUCAAAUAGAUAGAACCGAAUGUCGAUGUAGUAGUAUAACAAUGUGUUUUGCUUUGUGAAUAUCUGUUUGGGAACAUGACCAUUUCUGGAUGGAUGUUUUGAUCAUUUUGUUCUGUAAUAAUAUUAUGAUUAUUGUAAUCGGAUUACAUGUUAGGGACUUUUAUAUUUAGUGCCUGCUGAUGAAUGAUUAAUGGAAUUUUACACGCACAAA